AUGCGACCUUGUUGCUUCCAUCUUCAUUACCUUCUUCAUGACCAAACCAGCUUUCAUCAACCUGCAACAAUCGCAUCUUCUUCUUAUAGCUUCACUCAUUUUCUUGUUCUUCAACACGUAUCAUCGAUACUCUCUCAUCUUCAACCAUUCAUUGCAACCUUCUCCUACUUUUGCAAACCUCCACCCAACUACCCUCCACAGUCUAACUCUCCUUGGCAACCACCGACCAACAUACCUCCAUCGUCACAUUCUCCGCCACAGCAGCCGCUAAACUUACCACCACAGCCACAAUUAUCAGUCCAAGAUCCUUCAACUACAAGAAAUAAGAAGAAUUCUGAUCAAGAUGCAGACUUGAAUAAUAUUGGUGACCUGAAGGCACAUGGCCUCCAGCAUGUAGGCAUUACUGGAAAUACAAGUUCAUCUGCUCAGCAACCUAAUCUGUGCGAUGACACUUUGGAGACCAAGAAGUUAAGUCACACAAGAUCAAAUUCUACAAAUGCUGAUGGACUUGCACAUUCGGAUGAAAAGCUUGGUGCUGCGAGUUAUUCUAGGAAGAAUCAAAAGGGGUUUACCUUUCAAAGGGUAUCAGACGAAUAUGAAGGAAGAUGA